AUGGGGACAAGGUCCCAGCAACCGAGCCGAGAGCGAGCAGACGUCGACGACGACAUGGCGGGUCAGUCGGUGUCGAUGAGCGGCAGCGUGGGCUCGCCCUCCAGCCGCAGUGAGCAGACCAUGGCCACACCCGCCGGCGACACCAAUUUUCUCAGAUUGAACCAUCCCGACGUUCACGGCGACGAUGCUGGCUCCCAAGGCGCCGUUGGUAGCAAGAAGAAAAAGAGAGGCCAACGGGCUGUAGCAGGCGAUAAGAGUGGAAGAGGACUACGCCAAUUUAGCAUGAAAGUGUGUGAGAAAGUGGAGAGCAAGGGAAGAACCACUUAUAAUGAGGUUGCGGAUGAACUUGUAGCAGAGUUCGCUGACCCUAGCAAUGGUGUUACAUCCCCUGAUCAGCAACAAUAUGACGAGAAAAACAUCAGGCGAAGAGUAUAUGAUGCCCUGAAUGUUCUUAUGGCAAUGGAUAUUAUAUCCAAAGAUAAAAAAGAAAUACAAUGGAAGGGUUUGCCUCGUACAAGCCUGAAUGAUAUUGAAGAACUGAAGACUGAGCGCCUGGGACUGAGGAAUAGGAUUGAAAAGAAAGCGUCAUAUCUGCAAGAGCUGGAGGAACAAUACGUAGGCCUUCAAAACCUGAUACAACGGAAUGAGCAAUUAUGCCACUCUGGAGAUGCGCUCAGCGGGGGUGUGGCUUUACCUUUCAUUCUUGUGCAGACUCGCCCUCAUGCAACUGUUGAGGUGGAAAUAUCAGAAGAUAUGCAGCUGGUGCAUUUUGACUUCAAUAGCACCCCAUUUGAGCUCCAUGAUGACAAUUAUGUUUUGAAGGCAAUGAAAUUUUGUGAAAGGCCACAGGCUGAUGACGGGACACAAAAUUUAACUGCAGAUGGAGGGGAAGGUUGUAGCAUGUCCAGCAUGUAUCAGCCACAGAUCCCUCUUCCUUCGAUGUUAAACACACCAGUUAGGCCUCCCACCUCGCCGCCUAUUCCCGGAAUACUAAAAGCACGUGUGAAGCAUGAGCACCAUGGACAAUAA